GUUUUUGAAAAGUUGAUUGUGAACGAUUGUAACCAAUUGUAACCGUCAUUUACUUUUUAUUUAGUUUGUUUAAUUUGUUCAUUAAAGUGUUGACCAGUGUUGACUUUAUAAUGACGGCUGAUCUUAAAUAUCAUCUGACUAUGUUUUAUGAAGAGGAAAGGUUAAAAACAUUCAAAAAAUGGAUUUUUAAAGAUGAUGAAGUAUGUAAUGCAGCAAAGAUGGCAGAAGCUGGCUUCUACUUUAUUGGUCAAAAAGAUGAACCAGAUGUUGUGAAAUGUUUUCUGUGCAAUAAAACUUUGGAUGGGUGGGAAGCGCAGGAUGAUCCGUGGGAUGAGCAUUAUAAACAUUCAAAGAAUUGUACAUUUGCAAGCAUGAAGCAGCCAGAGUUUGCAUUGACUUUAGACCAGUUUCUCAAAAUUAGAUUUGAACAAUACACUCAAUACUUGAAGCUGUGGAACAACAACUUGAACAAGCACAGAGAAGAGGAACUGCAAGAAUUGCGCAAGGUGAUAGAUGGGCUGUUAUAGGAAGAAAUUAAUUAAAA